UAAACAUUCACUAGCUAGCAGGGUUCUGUUGCAGUCGUCAAGCCGAUUAUAAACAUUACGUUUGGAGUUAGAGUCUCUUUUUUUCAAAAACCUGUAUGUUAUUUUUCAAUAGUGCGUUACUCUGUGAAACAGGCUCCUCCCAACCGCAAAGGCAAACAAAGUAACGCGAUCAGUGGCCAUUAUCAUCCGACUUGCGUCGUCGCUUGUAAAUGAAAACAACAGCAGUUUCGUCAUGAAUUGCCGCUCGGAGGUUCUUGAGGUAACGGUGGAGGCAAGACAGGUUGAAGAAGCGAUGCUCGCUUUGCUCCACACUAUUCUACUGCACCGCAGUACUGGUAAGUUCCACUAUAAAAAGGAGGGCACCUACUCCAUCGGUACCGUGGGCACGCUGGACAUCGACUGCGACUUCAUCGAUUUUACUUUUGUACGAGUGUCUUCGGAAGAAUUGGACAGAAUGAUCAGGAAAGCGGUGUCUGAAUUCAAGGAAGCUUUGAGCAAUUCUGGUAGCGACGGCAUCGGGCAGAUUUCUCUAGAGUUCUACCAGAAGAAGAAGUCUCGCUGGCCUUUUUCUGACGAGUGCAUUCCCUGGGAAGUGUGGAGCAUAAAGGUCAACGUAGUCAACCUGGCUAAUGAGCAAGAGAGACAGAUCUGUAGGGAGAAAGUGGGCGAGAAGCUCGGUGAGAAGGUGAUCAACGUCGUUGAGGUCAUAAAUCGCCACGAAUACCUGCCAAAGAUGCCCACCCAGUCUGAGGUAGAUAAUGUCUUUGACACCAGUCUCAAAGAUGUUCAACCAUACCUUUACAAAAUCACAUACCAGAUCACGGACUGUCUGGGCACCUCUGUAAGCACCACUAUGAGAAGACUGAUUAAAGACACGUUGGCACUGUGAGGACCCCCAACAUAGAUGAAUAUUGUUAUUUCUUACUGUAUCUACUAUACUAUACUAUACUAUACUAUACUAUACUAUACUAUACUAUACUAUACUAUACUAUAUUUGUGUAUAACUCAGCCCUAUACCCUCUGUUGGCAACACAAUGACUUAUGGGGGAGCAUUGUCAGGGUAAUCACCUUUCUGAUGCGUCUACACUGGUUUUGAUUUUGAUUAAAUAUAUUUGAAAGACAUAUUGUUUUUUUGCAAUAUAUGUCUUUCCACUAUGGUCUGUUUGCCUUACACCAUCAAGUAGUGCAACCUAUAUACAGUUGUAAAUGUUGUGUUGCUUUCCAGUCAGUGAAUGUAACAAAUAUAUAUUAUAACUAAUGGUAGUAAUAGUUAACAGUCAUAGCUCUGUCAAACUGAAGAGUGCCUGUUAACCCAUCCUAACCUUUAAGAUGAGAACAACUGUUGGCAGAGAAUACCUCACUAGGCAUUAAAAAAACACAUUUUUGUUGAAAAGAUCUGGAUGAGUUUGGAAACUGGUUUCCUCUAUAUAUGUGGAAGCUUCCUUUCAGUGCACAGUGUGACGGAGAGAGUGACCUUAGACAUGAGUAGGACAGGAUUUCCAGUUUGCCAGAUUUUCAAAUGAAAGCAAGCGUUUCCUAAGUUCACUCCCAAAUUUCCACAAGUGUCACAGUGGCCCGCAGCUUGAAAAACAUCCCCCCUGACGCAGGAUGGCCUGCCAACAGGAUGAUGUGUGUGCAUUUUUACUCAAGACAGCUCCACAGGUAGAAUUGUCUGCACAGUCACAAUGUUGAAACUGUCAUCUGCCUGUUAAUUAUCUUUGCUGGGUUGAAAAAUAAAGACUAUGGCGUACAAUGCAA